AUGUCUCAGCCGGCGCAGAGGGCAGUUGUUCAAUCUUUGAUCUCAAAAUACAUUAACAAGGAGACAUUGAAGUAUGUCUUCACAACACACUUCUGGGGUCCGGUUUCUAACUUUGGUAUCCCAAUCGCAGCUAUUGCAGAUUUGAAGAAAGAUCCAGAAUUGAUCUCUGGUUCUAUGACUAUGGCUUUGAUUGUAUACUCUGGUGUUUUUAUGAGAUAUGCAAUGGCAGUGACCCCAAAAAACUAUUUGUUGUUUGGUUGUCACAUUAUUAAUGAAACUGCCCAACUUGGACAAGGGUUCAGGUGGUUGCAGCACAAUCAUUUCGGUGGAAGGGAGAAGGCUGCUGAGGCUGCUUUAAAGGUGAAUGCCAAUAAAUCUGCAUGA